CGCAGCCUAAGUGAAGUGUCAGUAGGCAGGCACAGAGAACAGCAGGUCUCGACGUCCCUGACAACCCCUAAACUCCCGUGCCAAUAACCAUUCUUGGAUUCGGAAACGGAGCUGGAAGAGUAAAUGUAUUUGAAGUUUAAAGCUUAUUUUGUGAAUUUGGUUUAUCGUUUGAGCUAGAAUAUUGUCAAUUUGAAACACAGCAGAGAAACUCGAGUGGCUUUUGAGGUUUUACAGUCCUAACCUACAAGAGACAGUCUUCCCUAUCCUUUGCCAUGGCUUCGACAACCUGUACCAGAUUUACCGACGAGUAUAAUCUAUACGAAGAGCUGGGAAAGGGAGCUUUCUCCAUAGUGAAAAGAUGCAUGAGGAUCUCCAGCGGACAGGAGUAUGCUGCCAAAAUCAUCAACACCAAGAAGCUAUCUGCUCGGGAUCACCAGAAGCUGGAGCGAGAGGCCAGGAUUUGUCGCCUGCUCAAGCACCCCAAUAUCGUGAGGCUCCAUGACAGCAUAUCAGAGGAGGGAUUUCACUACCUGGUCUUUGACUUGGUGACUGGUGGGGAGCUGUUUGAGGACAUCGUAGCCAGAGAGUACUACAGCGAAGCAGACGCCAGUCAUUGCAUUCAGCAGAUCCUAGAGGCCGUGCUCCACUGCCACCAGAUGGGCGUGGUCCACCGCGACCUGAAGCCUGAAAAUCUGCUCCUAGCCAGUAAGCUGAAGGGCGCAGCGGUGAAGUUGGCAGACUUUGGUCUGGCCAUCGAGGUGCAGGGAGACCAGCAGGCAUGGUUCGGUUUUGCGGGAACCCCAGGCUACCUGUCCCCAGAGGUCCUGAGGAAAGACCCCUAUGGGAAACCUGUGGAUAUGUGGGCCUGUGGUGUGAUUCUCUACAUUCUCCUGGUGGGCUACCCUCCCUUCUGGGACGAGGACCAGCACAGACUGUACCAGCAGAUCAAGGCUGGGGCUUACGAUUUUCCGUCCCCUGAGUGGGACACAGUGACCCCCGAGGCCAAAGACCUGAUUAACAAGAUGUUGACCAUCAACCCUGUCAAGAGGGUCACCGCCACAGACGCACUCAAACACCCCUGGAUCUGUCAACGCUCCACGGUGGCGUCCAUGAUGCACAGACAGGAGACGGUGGAGUGCCUGAGGAAGUUCAACGCCAGAAGGAAACUCAAGGGUGCUAUCCUCACCACCAUGCUGGCCACACGCAACUUCUCAGCAGCCAAGAGCCUGCUCAACAAGAAAGCUGACGGCGUCAAGAUCAACAACAACAAGACCAAUGUAGUCACCAGCCCCAAAGAGCCCCCCACUCUGGAGCCUCAAACCACUGUCAUCCACAACCCAACUGAUGGAAACAAAGUAGAGUCCAGUGAGAGUGCCAACACCACCGUGGAGGAUGAGGACGUGAAAGCUCGUAAGCAGGAGAUCAUCAAAGUGACUGAGCAGCUGAUUGAGGCCAUCAACAAUGGAGACUUUGAAGCCUAUACGAAGAUCUGUGAUCCCGGGCUUACAUCCUUCGAGCCAGAGGCUUUGGGAAACCUAUUGGAGGGAACAGACUUCCACAGAUUCUACUUUGAGAACGCUCUGUCCAGGGGAAAGCAAGGGCCCGUCCACACCAUCCUGCUCAACCCCCACGUGCACCUGAUCGGCGACGACGCGGCGUGCAUCGCUUACAUCCGCCUCACCCAGUACAUGGACGCCAGCGGCAUGCCACGCACCAUGCAGUCGGAGGAGACCCGCAUCUGGCACCGCCGCGACGCCAAGUGGCAGAACAUCCACUUCCACCGCUCCGGCUCGCCCACGGUGCCCGCCAAAUAAAUUGACUGGAGUUGAGGAGCCCCUAGCCUACAGCUGUCAGCUGACCUGCGGAAUUUGCCUACUAAGUGUGUGACAUCCUCGCCCAAUCCCAUCGCUACAACUUCGCCCUCUGAGUGUUGUUUACAUAUCGUCGCUGCUGGACUGAAGAUUCUUCUUGUAAAAUAUAAAAAGGAAACAACAAUCUUGACGAUAUAAUUUUAUAGAGAAAAUGUUGGUGUUUUAUCGCAUUGUUCCAUUCUUCUCAGUCUCAUCGCAGGACAUUUAUGACUGAAACAUAUAUAUUUUUUAUUUUAAUACAAUAAUUUCCUAAUUUUAAACAUCUUUUAAGUUUGAAUGCCGUAGGAAAAUGAAUAGAGUACAUGCCAGAGUUGUUGACGAUAUGUGAAGUUUGCAAAUUUGUGGGUUUAUGAGAUAUAUCUGAGAGAUUUUCAAUCUUAAAUAAUAUACAGUAAUACAGUGUCGUCCGUAAUUAUUAGGACAGUGAAGCAUUGUCUUCUUCUUUUGAAAUCGUGGCUGAAGUUUAGAGUGCAGACUGACAGCUUUAAUUUGACGUUAUGUUCAUCCAUAUCGGCUCAACCGUUUGGAAAUUACAGCACUUUUUGUACACAGUAGUCCUCCCCAUUUUAGGGGACCAAAAGUAUUGAGACGAAUUCACUUGAAUGUGUAUUAAAGUAGUAAAAACUGUGGUCUCAUAUUCAUAGCACGCAAUGA